AUCCAUGCAACCGAGUAAACAUCCGACAACGAAGAGACGCAACUUAAAGUCAGCAAAAAAAUAUUGGAAAAGUGUUUUUUUUUUCUUUUACCAACGCCAUGUGACCACAAAUACAAAUCACGCAUAGGUAACAUAAUUGUCAUUUUGUUGGCUUCGAUUAUUUAGUACGAAUUACAAAGAACAACCUUGCAAUCUUGCACUAAAUACCACCACAAAUCACUUCUAUACUGUAUAGCAAACGUGGCAUUUUCCAUAGUUAAUUUUAGGAUUCUCAGUGUAAAAUGCUUGCAUCCCACACACACACAACUUUCCAAAACUCUGCAGACAAUAGCGCCUUGCCUCAAAUGCGGUCUCGCGCUGUCUGAACUUUGAUUCAGGAGCGAGUCUAGUGUUUAUACGUACGCUGGUGUUUUUGUGAAUGGAGCUCAUUACGUAUGCAGCCUCCUCGCGCUCCAUUGACAAACUGCUGCUGCUGCCUCUGUUCGUCUUCCUUACCUUCUCUGUCUGCGUGGAUCUCAUUAAAACACAGCCUAAAUGACCACAAACGGUUAAGGCAUGAAUUAUAAGAUGGAUGGAUAUCUGGAUCAGCAAGUGCCUUAUACUUUAGCUAAUAGGUCGCAAGGAAAUGGGCCCCUAAAUAGACUGUUGAUGGCGACGAAAAGGAAAUACAUGGACACCGAAUUACCCCCUCAGGAAUCUGAAGAUCUCUUUCAGGAUUUAAGCCAACUUCAGGAGACAUGGCUCACCGAAGCUCAAGUUCCUGACAGCGAUGAGCAGUUUGUUCCUGACUUCCACUCAGAGAAUUCAGUUGCAUUUCAUAGCCCGCCUGUAAAGAUCAAGAAAGAGCCCCAGAGUCCCGGCUCAGACCCCAGCCAGUCCUGCAGCCACAAGCAGAGCUUCAGCUACCCCAAUGGAGAGCAGUGCCUUUACGCCAGUGCCUACGAGCAGAAAAGAGCAGCCGUGGCAGCAACAGGAUCAAAGAGCUCUUGCCCAGGGACUCCCAUGUCUCCUAUGCAGCAUUACUCCCCAAAACCAACAGUGGGCACUCGGCCGGAGUCAGGGUACAUGAAUCCUCCCUCAGCCAGCCAGUCCCAUGCUUGUCACAGCCACAGUUACCCCAUGAACCUUAGUUCCAGGUUCCCUUCCGGCUCGGCAGAGAUGUGUCCACCAUUCAGUUCCCAAGGCCAGGCAAUGCAGCGCAUGCAUCCUGCCCAUGCCAGUGGGAGUGGUGGCUACAGUCGGCAGCACUCUGACCCCUGCUUGCCUUAUCCUCCUCAGCAGAACUUCAAGCAGGAGUAUCUGGACCCUCUGUACGACCAGGCUGCCCACAUGGCUGGGCCACAGCCUCACCGGUUUCCUCCUGCCCUUUUGAUGGUCAAACAGGAACCCACUGACUACACUUAUGAACCUGAUGUGCCUGGUUGCCCUUCCAUGUACCAUCACAACGAGGGCUAUCACAACCCACAGCACAACAGUGAAGGUUACAUGUUUGAAAAUGACUCCCGCGUUGUUCCUGAGAAAUUUGAAGGCGAGGUAAAGCAGGAAGGCGGUGGCGUGUUUCGUGAGGGCGCCCCCUAUCAGCGCCGUGGUUCACUGCAGCUCUGGCAGUUCUUGGUGGCCCUCCUCGACGACCCUGGCAAUGCGCAUUUCAUUGCGUGGACCGGCCGUGGCAUGGAAUUCAAACUCAUUGAACCAGAGGAGGUGGCAAGACUGUGGGGGAUGCAGAAGAACCGUCCAGCCAUGAACUACGACAAACUGAGUCGCUCUUUGCGCUACUAUUAUGAGAAGGGAAUUAUGCAAAAGGUGGCAGGCGAGCGUUAUGUUUACAAAUUUGUGUGUGAGCCGGAAGCUCUUAUAUCCUUGGCUUUUCCUGACAAUCAGCGUCCAAGUCUGAAGGCAGAAUUCGAACGCUAUGUCAAUGAAGAGGACACAGUACCGCUAUCUCACCUCGAUGAUGGGGUUUCCUACCCUCCUGAACCAGCUGCCACCAACAUGGGCUCUCAACCAUACUCCAAAGGCUACAUGUACUAAUGCCACCAACAUUCUCCCAUCCCAGUCCUCUCAGUUUACUUCUCCCUGCAUCUAUUGCACAUGCACACCCCAUCCACUUGUAUAUACGGCUAUGUUUUUUUUUUUAAUUAAAUCUCAUUAGGGACUCCACAUUCCUCUCACUUGUGAGGCCUCUCUAAUCUAAACACAUUACUGUGGUUCAAGAGAUUGCUUAAUAAAGACCCAAUAUUACUACUAUACCAUGAGAACAGUCUCUGUUUCUUAUGAUUGCAAUGAAAUCUUCAACUUAUAUGAUAAUGAAUAAAGCUCAGAUCUGUUUGGGCCCUAUUAUUGGGGCAUGCUGACACAAUUGGUUAAUGUGUUUUCAACCAUACCUUUUUCUCCUAUAAAUGUUCAAAGCUUUUAAAGUAUAUGCCUAUACAGAAAUUGACUAUAGAGUGAAAGUGACAACUAGCCCUAGUCUCCACUAAAUAUUAACCCCCAGUAUAAAGUCUGACAAUCAUAAAACACAUUUCUUUAUGUUAGUGGCAAUAGUAUAUUUACCAGAGGACACACUUGAGUAGACAGCCUUUGGGAACUCCCAUGUAUCCAUCCAUAAGAUGAUGUCUUAUUUAGAGACUUUAUGGUUGAAAUAAAGUCUGGAUUGGUCAACUAUGCACAACAUUUGUACCUAUAUAUUGUUGAACUGCU